AAUACCCUGUGUAUCACGAAGGCCGGCGCACUUGCUGGUUUGGACUCCGGAAAGGAGAGUGUCGCUCUCGUGAAGCCUGGCGAAAAAUUCAGCUUUGCUGAAAAUAAGCAUCACCGCGUUACUUUUGCGGGCUGUUCCGCCAUUGAAGAAAACGUCGGACCUGUGCGCUCUUGGCUUGAGCGACAGUGA